AUGUCUUUCCGCCGCCCACCUGAUCUCAUAUAUGAGCUGUAUCAGAAACUCAAACUUCACCCGAACUGGGGAAAUGUCACCUAUCGCACUACAUAUUCCCUUGAAUCUGACGCCCACUUUUCCACUGCUGUCAAGUAUGUCGAGGCCUGCCUCAAAAAAUCAUGCUUCGAAGAAUGUGCCUCUGAAAACGAUUAUGAAGGGUUGCGUGGUGUAGAUUCCAUGAUUUACGACGGAAUCUGGGCCCAGCAUAGGUCAACCGUUAUGGAGAACUCAUCGCAAUUCGAUGGGGCAUCGAUUGAUUCAAUCUGCGAUCAUUUCCAGGCUUGGGUGGAUGCGCAGGACGCUGCUAGGUACAUCGGCGGAGGCCUAGAGCAGGAGACUGAGUACCACGGGGACGAAAUAAUCCGGUAUAUCAAGGCCCUUGAAGCACGGCCAAUUGUUGACCAAUAUGAUACCUUUCCGGGAUGGAUGAAAAUGUUGUAA